CACAAACAUCUUCCUAGGGCCCUCCCUCAUCCUGCUGGAGGCUUGUAGUGUCCCCUCUUAUAAGAGGGCAGGGAGACUGCUCUGCUUAGAAUCCCAGAUAUCUGCCUGUGUGUGCUCAGAUGCCUUCCCCGCCCUUCUCUGGCUGGGCUCUGUAAAUAAAAAAAAAAGAAAAAGAAAGAAAAAAAAAAGAAAAGGCGUAUCCCUUGCAAGCUACAUUUUCCAGCUCCCUUGAAACUGGCUUACUGUUAGUUUUGACUGCUGGACGUGCUGGCGUGGGGCUGGAGGGCAGGAUCCAAGGGGAAGCCAGGGUGUCCCUCCCAGCUCCCUGCCUUGCAGCAGUGUUGUGGCCCCUGGGCUCUGGUGGCACCAGCUCUUCUCCUUGUCCCUCUGCUGUUGAGGGACAGUGGCCUGCUGCUGCUCCUCUCUGGGUUGCCUCAUCAUCCCUGUUUGGCUUUCAGCUCUUCCAGCACCAUUGCAGUUCAUUUCCUGUCUGGAUGCUUCUGUUGAACUCCCUGGCUUGGCCCUGUCUUCCUGACUGGAUCCUGAUCCUCUUAGUUUUGCUGCCUUCUUUCUCAACUUUUUUCUGCAGAGAGAACAGUGGACAGCGGCCAGAGGUGGCUCUGGCCAUUAGGAGCUGUGUGACGUUGGACAAGUGUGAUAACUCCUCCAAGCUUUGGUUUCCUUUCCUGCAAAGUGGGGUUAAUAGCAGCACACAGGAGGCCUGUUGUGUUGUCAUCUCCCUGGGUUCUGGGGAUGAGCCCACCUCCCCCAAGAGGCCGAAGAGCAUCUCUGAGCCACAGCACAGUGAUGUGGAAGGGGAUGCCGCCUCUCCCCUGCCCUCCGAGUGGACCUCAGUGAGGAUCAGCCCUGGGGAGGAUGCAGCUGGACAGGAUGUGCUGGCUGUGUGUGUCCUGGUCACCAGCGAGGACAGCAGCUCUGACACAGAGUCUGACUAUGGCGGCAGCGAGGCCUCCCACACAGAGCUCUGUGAAGAGAAACCCCGGCGGCCAGGAUUCCCGCGUCUACCGCACACCUCCCUGAGGGAGGCCCUGAGCAGGGCGGUCUCUCCACAGUGCCCUGAGGAGCCCAGAGCUGUGCACGCAGCUCUGCAACGGGCCAAUAGCUUCCAGUCUCCAACCCCAAGCAAAUACCAGAACUGGAGGAGAGAAUUCCGGUGGAGUUUGACGCCAGUGAACAAAAGAACUAUGUCACCUCCUAAGGACCCUUCUCCUUCUCUUCCUCUUCCUUCAUUGUCUUCUCGUUCAUCUUCCCCACCAUCUUCCUCUUCAACCAGUGUUUCUGGGAAUGCUCCAGAUGGUUCCUCCCCACCUCAGAUGACAGCUUCUGAGCCCCUCUCACAGGUCUCGAGAGGUCAUCCAAGUCCUCCCACCCCAAGCUUUCGGAGGCGAGCCAUAGCCCAAGGAGCACCCAGGGAAAUUCCCCUGUAUCUGCCUCACCACCCAAAGCCAGAGUGGGCAGAGUACUGCCUGGUGAGCCCUGGUGAAGACGGCCUCUCAAGCCCUGCAGAGAUGACUUCUGAUGAGUGCCAGCCAGCAGAGGCCCCUCUUGGAGACAUCGGAAGCAACCACAGAGACCCACACCCCAUCUGGGGGAAGGACAGGAGAUGGACAGGCCAAGAGCUAUCUCCCUUGGCUGGAGAAGACCAGGAAAAAGGGAGUACUGGAGCCAGGAAGGAAGAAGAGGGAGGGCCAGUGCUGGCAAAGGAGAAGUUGGGCCUAAAGAAGUUAGUCCUCACUCAGGAGCAGAAGACCAUGUUGUUGGAUUGGAAUGACUCCAUCCCUGAGAGUGUGCACCUCAAGGCUGGGGAGCGACUUUCCCAGAAAAGUGCUGAGAAUGGUAGAGGAGGCCGUGUGCUAAAACCAGUCCGCCCCUUGCUGCUCCCUAGAGCAGCAAGAGAGCCCCUGCCAACCCAGAGAGGGGCUCAGGAGAAGAUGGGGACCCCUGCGGAACAAGCUCAAGGGGAGCAGAGCGUGCCUCCACCCAAGUCCCCACUGCGGCUCAUAGCCAAUGCCAUCCGAAGGUCUCUAGAGCCCCUCCUUUCCAAAUCCGAAGGUGGGAAGAAAGCCUGGGCCAAGCAAGAAUCCAAAACUUUGCCCACACAGGCCUGCACUCGCUCAUUCAGCCUUCGGAAAACCAAUUCCAAUAAAGACAGGGACCAGCAUUCCCCUGGGAGAAACUGGUCCUCAGCCUUUAGCCCUCCUGACCCUGCCCUCCGCACCCAUAGUUUGCCCAGUCGGCCAUCCAAGAUCUUUCCUGCAUUUAGGUCCCCACCCUGCAGCAAGAUUGAAGAUGUCCCCACGCUCCUCGAGAAAGUGAGUUUGCAAGAGACCUUCCCAGACACUUCUAAGUCUCCAAAGAAAAGAAUCUCACUUUUUUCCUCCCUCAGACUCAAAGAGAAAUCUUUUGAGAGUUUCCUCCAAGAAUCCAGACAAAGAAAGGACAUCAGGGACCUCUUUGGCAGCCCCAAGAGGAAGGUGCUGCCUGAAGAUAGUGCGCAGGCCCUGGAGAAGUUGCUGCAGCCUUUCAAAAGCACUUCCCUGAGCCAGGCAGCGCCUCCUCCUCCACCUCCUCCUCCUCCUCCUACAGCGGGAGGUGCAGACUCCAAGAACUUUCCCCUCAGAGCACAGGUAACAGAGGCUUCCUCUUCUGCCUCUUCAACCUCCUCCUCCUCUGCAGAUGAAGAAUUUGAUCCCCAGCUUUCCUUGCAGUUAAAGGAGAAGAAGACACUUAGAAGAAGAAAGAAGCUAGAAAAAGCAAUGAAGCAGUUGGUUAAGCAAGAAGAAUUGAAAAGACUCUAUAAGGCUCAGGCCAUCCAGAGGCAGCUGGAGGAGAUGGAGGAGCGGCAGAGGGCUUCUGAGAUCCAGGGUGUGAGGUUGGAGAAGGCGUUGCGAGGAGAAGCAGAUUCAGGCACACAGGAUGAAGCACAGCUUUUGCAGGAAUGGUUUAAGCUGGUUCUGGAGAAGAAUAAAUUAAUGCGAUAUGAGUCGGAGCUCCUAAUCAUGGCCCAGGAACUAGAAUUAGAAGAUCAUCAAAGCAGACUGGAGCAGAAACUGAGAGAGAAAAUGCUCAAGGAGGAGAGCCAGAAAGAUGAGAAGGAUCUAAACGAAGAGCAAGAAAUAUUCACUGAGCUGAUGCAAGUGAUUGAGCAAAGGGACAAACUCGUCGAUUCCUUAGAGGAACAACGCAUCAGAGAAAAAGCCGAGGACCAGCACUUUGAAAGCUUCGUAUUCCCUAGAGGCUGUCAGCUAAGCAGGACUUGAGGAAGCCCGUAGCCCCUCUCCCCGGCUGCACGUUGGGACCGGAUCAGGCCAAGUGCACCGCACACCCUCACAGGUCUUUCUGCAGGAUUUUUCAUCCCCGGAACUUAAGUUAUACCUUUACUGCAUUUUUUAAAAUUAAAAUUCUCUUGCACGCAUGGCAGCUUCCCAAGGUCCUUCCAGAGAUUAUAAUAAGAAAACCCAAAGACUCUGGCAAUUGGCAGUCAACUUCAGCCAGGCUCUCAGACUGGAGGUGUUGUUGGCAGAUGACCAGCAUUGUUUUCCCUAGAAAGUGACACAAAGAUUUUACUUUCCUGCUGCUUUUAUCAUUUUCCUUCCCAAUUCAUUGAGUUACAUACUUUAAAAUUUUUGAGAAGCUGCCUUUUCAUUAAUAUAUCCAUAUUUGCCUUUUUUGUGUGGAUGACCGGUUUCCAAAUGUCAGAAAGAAGCAGCCGCAGUUUAAAGAUUAGGUUAAUAUUUAAAUUGUGUUUCCAGAGAAAGAGGAGAAACCUUGAGAUUACUGAUUACAUAAAGCAAAUAACUCAUACGGCAGGUGUUAAUUCAAUCCAGGGUGAAUUUAAUUUACCAGGUGCAUUUAUAAGCCUUAAUAUAAUAUACAUAAGCAAUGAGAGCUUAAUAGAACAUUAGAGCCUUAAUUUUAUUUUAAGAAUAAAAGAAAAAAGGAAAUAAAACUUUAACUUUAUGCCAGUGGGAUUGUUAGUGUUCACCAAAUGCUGCUGGCUUAGAAAAGCUUUUUGUCCCCAUGCUAUGCUUUUUAUGGACCCUGGAAAAUAAUGAAAAGCAUUUUCAGAAAAUGAAUGAUUUUAAAGUACUUUUUAAAUAAGUGUUGAUGGCAAAAAAAAAAAAGUGGGGGGGGGAACUUUUUUUUUUGUUGAGAAAAUAUUGGUGAGGUUGGUGCUGCUACUGAAACUGAACACAUUAGCGUACAAGAGAAGGAAUUAUUCUUGCUGGUGGUCUUCUUAGACUCAAAGAGAGAAGUAUCUCUCCCUCUCCCCAGGAACUCUACAGAGCAAGGACAAAACCACUUCUGACUUAGAGGGAGGGCUGAAUGCAGUGACCCUAUUUACCAAAUCCCAAACAGGUCAUGGAUUUUUUUAAUGACAUUUCAGUUUGAAAAGAAAACUGGGAGAUGGAGUUUGUGUGCUGACAUGUUGGAAUUCCUGGGGCAUUAUGAGGGUUCCCAUGGGGGCCAAAGAAGAGAAGAUUUAAUAUGGUGAUGUGUUGUCAUAAAACAUUUGAUUGUUUUUGCUCAAUGGGAUUCUUUGAAGAUUUAGUCUAUUAUCGAUAAGAGAAACACUAAAGAACUCUUGGCUGUGUAUUUGGCCGCUCUCAUUUCGGCAAGUGUUUAAAUGUGUCCUUAGACAAAAGGUGCUCUGCAACAGUUGGCACUGACUGGAUACCAAAUUUCUCUCAAAUCGAUCCAUGAACCACUUCUGUCAGAGACGCUCUCUGCACACACCAAUCUGGCCAGCUGACAAGCCAGAAAUUAGAUGUAUAACUGGAUUUCCUCUGAGUCAGCCAGUGCUUUGGGUUACAUUUAAGCACAACCUUUCUAUGUUAUACCAAGUUCCAAAGGUUGCAGUUCUUUUUCCUUUUCUUUCCUUCCUUCCUUUUUUUUUUUUUUAAAUAAGAAUCAGGUCUUCCAGUGCCUGAAUUCUAUUAUUAGGCAAUAUGAGGAGACACCUACCUACCUAGCUACCUACCUAUUAAAACUGAACCACUUCUGGAUAUUUAUCUAUUUUUAUUUAUUUGUGUAUUGGUGAGAAUUGAUAAUAUCAUUUCCUCAUAAUUCAGGUUUUCAGGUAUUAUAAUUUGGAGAAGACCUAUUAGCACUAAGAAAUUGGUACAUAAGCUAUUUAAUAUACAAAUAAUCCAGAUGUUUGGGGCAGUGAGUUGUAUAGUAUUAAAGAUUUCACCUAUGAGGCAUUUAGAGGUAAGAUUAUGGAUGCACAGGAAUAUCAACUCAUUAUAAGAAAAAGAUUUAUAACUUCAGUUUUCAUUCUAGAAUAUGCAGCAAUAUUCAGGCCCCAGUCUUUUCUGUCAGUUGCAUAAAGGUGCAUCCUUUGAUGCCUGCAUACAUUUAACAGAUGAUGUUCAAGUGUGUCAUGUUUGAGUUGUUACUGUGCAAAAGAAUUAAUUGCCACUUAUUUUCAUUUGUUAUAUUUCCAUCCUGAAGAAUGAGUCUCCCAAGAGGGCCAAGAGAGAAGGUGGUUUGGCCCCUAGUAUUCUAUUAAUAGAUAAGAGAAGCAAUUUGUUCACUUUCUUUCACAGGUUUAUGGCUCAGUUUUAUCUGGCCAAGUUAAAACAUAAACUUCAUCCCUAACAGUUUUCUAUAUACACUGGUCUUUCUAUUUUACUAGUACAUAAAAACCAUUUCAAAAUUUCCAGUGGACACAAAUAUUGUGUCUGUUGAACUAUCUAAAAUCAUUCCAUUCCUUAUUUACAAGAGAGAGCAUUCUAAGACUCUCAAAAUGUAAAAUACUGUACAUUUUGAAGACAAUUUCUUUGUAUGCAAUAUGAGUACGAUUAUGAUGAAAACACACAGAGUCUGCAGUGCCCCAUAAAAGGGCACUAGUGAAUGUGAUCAAAGCCAAACUAUAUAGGACUCCGAAUGGGACAGAAAGCCCAGCCUCAGGUCAUAUUUCACAGUCAGUCUCACACAGCUUCUAAGUUAAAUCAAAGUGUUUAUGACAGUUACAAGGUCAGAAUUGUACCUAAGUUGGGCCAAGAGGACUUUUCUUAAGCUUGCUGUCCCAAACCAUUGAUUUAUUGGUCUAUUUAUUUAACAUCCUCUGAAUGCCCAUGGGGUUCUGCAGCCCUGUGCCAGAUGCUGAGAUACAGAAAGAAUAUUAGUCCUUAACUCCACCUCCAAAUAAAUACAAAGAUCAAGAAAUAGAUACCAUCCCCAAAUACAAAGAUGAAAAGCUAUUUUUAUUCUAAGCAUCAACCUAUUCUACUCAACGUUUAUCUCAAGCAUACAGAAUAUCCCCCACUAUCACAGGGCUUCUUGGGCAAUAAAAAUAAGUUUGUGUUUCUAAAACUGUGAAAAAUAGUAUCAGGUUGUACUGUUUCAUUUAAACCUUGACUUUGGCAGUGUUAGGCUGCUUGGAAUCAAUCAAUGCCAAGAUGCGCCACGUUAAUUGCAACUGAGAAAGGAAGUGGCAGGUGUUUCCAACCCUGAUGAGCUGCAAUGAAAUUGAUGUUUUCUGCAUUCUGGAGACAAAUGACAAUUCAGUAGUGUCACUCUUCCCAGGAAGCAGAUUUACAGGCUUUUCCUUCCAAACUGAAAAUGGCAGCAUGCCCCACCCAGGUGGUUGAUCAGAGAACUACCUCAGCAGGGCAGAGGUGGCAGGGGGCAGCCAGGGCCGCCACAUGAACAGAGAGCAGCAGUCAUUGGAUGUGGUGAGCUCAAAUGUAGGAGUUUAUUGUAAUACGAAAGUUCACAUACAGGGGAAAGUGUACGAUUUCAUCUACUGUUUAUCUUCUAACCUCACUGCUGAGUAGCUUGUAAAAGAUUAAUUUGCUCCAACAAUUGGGAACUAUUCAUGUGGAUGGAAAUGUGUUAUUUGUGCACUGCUAUAGAUACUGAAAUGAACCAAAAAUAAAUGGUUUUGUGUCUCAGGAAUCAAAA